AUGAAUUGUGGGUAGUAAACACGAGUGUCGAUGUUGUUGUCCGGAACUGAACAUCGGUACAGUAACGCUACAUGGCUAAUCACGCGACAUGAUGAACGGAAAGACCGUGAUAGUGACCGGUGCUAACAGCGGGAUAGGGAGAGCCACAGCAGCAGGCAUUGUGAGGCUCAAAGGCCGUGUCAUACUGGCCUGUCGGGACCUGAGUAGGGCUGAGGAGGCUGCCCGGCAGAUCCAGCAGGAGACAGGGGCAGACAGCUCACUGCUCACCGUCAGACAGCUGGACCUCGCCUCGCUCACAUCUGUACACACUUUCUGUCAGGACAUAAUAAAGGAGGAGCCUCGGUUAGACGUUCUGAUCAACAACGCUGGCAUCUACCAGUGUCCUUACACCAAAACGGAGGAUGGCUUUGAGAUGCAAUUCGGGGUCAACCACCUGGGCCACUUCCUGCUCACGUACCUGCUGCUGGACCUCCUGAAGCGAUCAGCUCCCAGCCGCAUCGUAGUGGUCUCCUCCAAACUUUACAAGCAAGCUCACAUCAACUUUGAGGACCUGAACAGCGAGCAGACCUACGACAAGGCCUUCGCCUACAGCCGCAGCAAACUGGCCAACCUGCUGUUCACCUGCGAGCUGGGUCGCCGAUUGGAAGGCAGCGGGGUGACUGUGAACGCUCUGACUCCAGGCAUCGUGAGGACCAACCUGGGGAGGCAUGUUCACAUCCCGGUGUUGGCUAAGCCACUGUUCAACCUGCUCUCCCGGAGACUGUUUAAAAGCCCUGAAGAAGGAGCUGCCACCUCAGUGUUCCUGGCCUGCAGCCCAGAUGUAGUCUGCGUUCAGGGGAAGUGCUUUGCAGACUGUCAGCCUCAGGUUCUGCUGGACAAGGCUACAGACCAGGAGGUGGCCAGUAAACUGUGGGACAUUAGUGAGGUCAUGGUGGGCAUCACCACGUGAGAGCUUCAGGAGUACUCAUACCCAAAGAGACAAUACAAUUGUCCGAACAAUGUGUUAAUAUUCAGUGCCUUUCAGUGUUGACAUUAGUUUUAGGUUGCCCAAUGAAUAAAUUGUAUUGAAGUAACAUUAUGGACUAGUGCAAUAAUCAAAUCGCAUGAAGCACUAUGUUUGAAAAAUGCUAAUGCUGUUAAACUAACUUUUGACCAAGGGUUGACUUACAUUUUUUAGAAGAUUUCCCUCUGGUUGAUGUCAAAUGUUUAAUCAUUGAGUUUGUUUUAUUUUAAAUUAUGAAGAUACAUUAUUUUUGAUGCUUAGUUGUUAGUGAACAAUAGAAAAGCACAUCCUCAAUAAAAAAUGAUAAGUGUGUAGAACUUCUUUUCAAUGUGUGAUUUUAAUAAAGGAUGUAUCACAGUC